AAGCCUAGGAGAGGGAUGACUCGGGACGUUGAAUGAUGUUGAUCCCUUCUUUUAUCCUGUGGGAUGUGGGAUGCUCAGUAUAUACGUAUGGAUCUAUCUUCAUUAUUGCACUGAUUAUUUGGCAUGUGAAAAGGAGCCACCGAGGAUUACGGUUGGGGUUGGGGCCUAACAAGAGCUGUACCAAGUGUUUCAGAAGAAUCAAACAAAAGCCUAGCGAUAGAACAACAAGAGCUAAGAGAACAUCCAAGGAAGAAGCUGAUAAACUGCAGAAGCUGCUCUCUACCAUGAAAAGCCAGGGCUGGCUCCCACAAGAAGGAAGUGUGCGGCGGCUCCUGUGUCCAGAUCCCUCUUGCCCAAUCUGCAAUGCCAUGGCUCUGGAAAUCCAGCAAUUGCUGGGGGUUGAGAACAAAAAGACCCCUUCCACUGCACUGAGGCCCUCGCGUAGCUUUUCUUGCCUGGAGGCAUUGUCUCCAUCCAAAGUGUUGGCUGACCGGAGUUCAGAGCUCAGUUCCCAACACUCCAGAGACAUUUCAUUGCCAUCCAGGUUCACGCGGUCACAAUCAACAGAUCAGAAAUCAACAGAUCAGUCAGCUGCUCCGUCCACUGGUGACGCUGUCCUCCCGUGUGACCAUUCUGUUCCUCAGCAACAGCAGGAACCUCAAGGAUCAAAUGUGUUCCAGGAUGCAAGUGGCUUGUCAUCUUCAAGUAUGGAAGAGCCUGGGGUGCCUGCAACCCAACAAAAGAAGAGGAAGAAAAGCAAGAAACUCGUCUCGAAGAACAAAGCAGCAGCCUCAGAAGCCGAAAUGGAUAACAAGAUGACGUUCUUUUCUCACUGGGUUAACCCUGAAGUGAAAUGCGACAGGCCGGAGGAACCCAUUGUCUUUAAGUCUGAGGUAGGGGGCAAACCCGAGACUGGACAGCCUGAGAAGAGCCACAGAUCUUUCAAAGUCCAUGCAGAGGGACCCGGCAAGGAGAAGCCUGCAAAUGAUCCAAAAGCCAAGCCUCUCCGUGCCAAGAGGAACAUUUGACUUUCCUUGGCUCCUGCAGCGCCUGCACGUCUCCAGCACCCCUUCUCCCAACCAACCCUGGGCCCCAUGGCUACUCCACAGCUGCUUCAAAACUGUCUACGAUUAGCGUCAACCAGCUAGGAAAUCAAUGUCAGAUCUCCUCUCAGAAGGUCCUGGUUCACAGAAAGAGGAUAAACAUUUCAAGCAAAAAGAGUUCAUAGGCUCCCAAAGCUCUGCAUCCUCCCUAACAAAGGCUGUCAACCAUCAUUUCUACUCCCAAGCAAGUAUGCCAUGAUAUUCUCCAAGUAUACUCUAUGCCUAUAAAGCAAA